AUGAAAGAAGUAUUAAUCAGAGCAAAACCCUUUAUUGCUGUUGUAUUUCUCCAAUUAGGACUUUCAGGAAUGUACAUCCUUUCAAAAAUGGCCUUAAAUGAAGGAUCAAGCAACUAUGUAUAUGUUGUAUACCGCCAAGCUGUUGCCACUCUUUUCAUGGCUCCUUUUGCAAUUUUUCUAGACAAGGGGAAAAGACCAAAGAUGACUUUUUCAAUAUUUGCUAAGUUGGCACUUCUUAGCAUAUUGGAGCCAGUAAUCGACCAAAAUCUCUACUCUAUUGGCCUAAAAUAUACAACAGCAACUUUUGCAGCUGCAAUGUACAAUACUCUUCCUGCCAUUACUUUCAUAAUGUCCUGGAUAUUCAGGCAGGAGAAGGUGAAGUUUACAAGUAUUGGGAGACAAGUUAAAAUAAUUGGGACUAUUGCUACAUUUGGUGGAGCCAUUAUUAUGAUGAUAGUAAGAGGCCCAGAGGUUCAACUAUUUCCAACAAAUGAAUAUUAUGUCAAUAAUGAUGGAUCUGAUCAAAUAAUUAGUGGUGGGAUUAAUCUUAAAAAUGCUAUCAAAGGUUCCCUCAUGAUAAUACUUGGGUGUUUUAGUGGGGCUGGCUUCAUAAUUUUGCAGACAAAGAUACUUCAGACAUAUCCAGCAGAGCUCUCACUCACAACUUGGAUAUCCUUGUUGGGAACAGCUGAGGGAGCUAUUGUAGCAAUGAUAAUGGAAAGAGGGAAUACAGCAGUUUGGGCCAUAAAUUGGGACUCCAAAUUUCUUGCUGUUGUAUAUACGGGCAUAUUUGGUUCAGGGCUGGCAUAUUACAUCCAAGGAGUUAUAUUGGAAGAUAGGGGCUCUCUUUUUAUCUCAGCCUUCAAUCCAUUAAAUAUAAUUGCCGUAGCUAUAAUAAGUUCAAUUAUACUACGUGAACAAAUGAACCUUGGGAGGGUACUUGGUGUGGUGGUGAUUAUUAUAGGCCUUUACAUAAUCUUGUGGGGUAAAAGCAAGGAUCAUACAAUAUUAUCUCCAUCAAAGGAUAUUGAACAAGCAAUAGUAUCACCACAGAAAAUAUUGUCAAAUGAAAACAAAUUAAUUGACAAUAAGGAUAAUUUAAUAAGAAGUCAGAAUAAUGUUGUUAUCAACAUCAAUCCAUUAAAAGAAACAAUUGUUAGUGAAAUAGAGUGUUGUUGUUAA